UGAAAUUAUUAGUCUUGUCGAGUAUCUCCUUUCCAUUCUUUGUGAACAUGCGUUUCCUGAUCCUCAUUGUCCUGCCGCUUUUGGCCCUUUUGGCCCUGACUGAGGCAAACCAAACCGUCAAUGCCCUGAAAGCGGAAGCCACUUGUGCAUGUGCUCGCAUACAUAAUCCAGUUUGUGGUACGGAUGGCAGGACCUACAGCAAUGCCUGCGACUUGAGUUGUGCGGCUACGCGUCAAAGAAAGACCAUUCGCGUGGCAAAGAAAGGACGUUGCUGAAUAAACUCCAAUAUUUUUAAGAAAAAAAUCAAUACAAUCUAACAAAGAUGAGGAAAA